AUGUCCUUCGUGAGUAUCGAACCCACUGGCUACGCUCAUAGCUCUACGCCAGAUGCCCAUAAUCGCUGCCUCUGGCGCUCUCUUCUCCUUCGUCGCCUUGCCUCUUCAUUCUCCCUCCUCCUUUCCUUGAAGUCCGUGAUGCCAUCGCGUAUUGAUCUCCUCCAGGUCGUUCGGUCCCUAGCAGCUUUUUCCCACAAGGACGAGCUGAUCCAUUCUGCAGUUCUUGCUGAGCCGAUCGGAUAUGAAGUCAACGCUGAAUUGGGAAAACUAAUUGAAAAUGUCUCUUCAAUUGCCUGGAUCGGUUACAAUUAUAUUCCCGAUCACGCCAAUGAAUCCAACAUAGAUAUUGGUUAUUGGAGUGAUUGGAGCCCAGAAAGCAUCACAGUUGCAUUAUGGGACAUUAACCAGCCGUCCUUGAAUUUCGGUAGAUGCACUUACAUCAGUCAGACAACGAAUAACGAUUGGAAAUGGAGACUUUCUCCGUGUGAAGAUAUUAAGCCAUUUUUGUGUCAGAGAACAGCAUGCCUACAAGGUAAGGAAUCAUUUUAA